AUGGUAAAUUAAAUCUACAAACAAGUAUUCUCCUUGAUCUUCUUCUUGUCUAUUUUACUUAGCCAAUCAAAUACGGUCUCAUCUUUCCGAAAAUCACUCAACCUAGCAAAACCAUGCAAGCGUUUCAUCCUCCACCUCCAUGACAUUGCCUACGAUGGUGAUAACGCGGCUAAUGCCACGUCGGCAGCAAUUGUGAACCCUUUAGGACUAGGAGAAUUCAGUUUUGGAAAGUUUGUGAUUAUGGACGACCCUGUGACAAUGGACCAGAACUAUCUUUCGAAACUGGUGGCUCGUGUUCAAGGCUUCUUUUACCAUGGUAAGGCAAAAUACGACGCUUGGAAUGCUUGGACAGUGGUAUUCAAUUCAACACAACACAAAGGUUCAUUUACCAUAAUGAGUGAAAAUCCGUUUAUGGAGCCGACUAGAGACCUACCGAUUGUUGGUGAUGGUGACUUCCUCAUGACUCGUGGUUACGCUACGUUAACGACCGAUCACUUUGACGGCAGUAAGUAUUUUCGUGUCAAACUGGAUAUUAAACUCUACGAAUGUUACUAUAACUAGGACGAAACCCGCGCUUCGCUACGGGUAUUGUUUUGAAUGUAAGUUUGUUAAUUGAUAUCUACCUUAAGCAUCAAAUAUUAAUUGAAUUUGCAUAU